AUGAACAAGCCAAAAAUUGUCAGACCAGCAGAGUGUCAACCGGCACGGGCGCUUUGGUUUGACAGAAAAAAAUAUGUCACUGUUAACAUCACGGUUCAGAAACCUAAAGAUGUCCAGGUCGAUAUCCAGGCAGACAAAAUGGUUUUAUGCUGCAAAAAUGAUGAAGAUGAUGUGAUCUACAACGAGGUGUACUUCUAUGACAAAAUCGAGCCCAACGAUUCCAGAGAGAGAGUUUAUGAUCGCACUGUCAACUUCUUGCUGAGGAAGGUGAAGCCUGAUGUUGCAUGGCCACGUCUUCAGAAAGAUACAGCUAAGCCCAGCUGGAUUAAUGUAGACUUUGACAACUGGAGGGACUGGGCGAAUGAGGAAGACGAUGGGAAGGCAGAGUUUGAUGACUAUAUGGACAUGCUCCAAGACAUGGCCAACAGUAAAAAAGGAGAGGUACCAGAUAUGGGUGAUCUUAGUGAUUCGGACUAGGAGGAAAAUUCUUGGAUCCUUACCCGUGUUGGAGGACAUAAGCAGUGCAGUUACAUGCUCAGGAGCUACUUAAGAUCUUCUCACGGUUUCUAACUUUUGUAAUAAUGUUGCUGAUU